CUCCGUUGUUAGGUUGUCUUUCUCUGCCCGCACACACCACCUCUCUGACAUCACAUCUGGCUGACCCCGCCACCCUCACAGCUCCCCCUGAACCCUCCCAACCACCCGCCCACCCUCCUGUGAAACCAUGGCUCUGUCUUCACGCUUAAAACUGUGGGAGCAGAAGAUAAAGGAGGAGAAAACGCCGGUGGCAACAGCCGAACCUCCGCCGCCUCUGUCCGCUCUGCCAGGCGGCUUCCUCAAACAGCUGGUCAGAGAGACGGAGAAGGAGACCAAACAGAAAGAGCCGGAGGUCAAAGACGAGAGACAACAGCCAAGCAAACUGAGCGACAACCUGGUGCAGCAGUUCCUCCUCCCGGAUCAGACUCCUCCGAUCCUCGAGGCCGAGAUGUCCCUGCGGGCCGAACAACUGAUCAGCAACAGCAAGCACAUCGUCAGUCCCGACCCCGCCGCCAAACAGGAGAACACACAGGAAGUAACACCGGAGCCGCCAAAGAAGCAACAGGACAUGAGGUCAGAGAGGAGCAAGAGGACGCCGCCGGCCGAUGGGCAGGAGACAGUUUGUGAGCUUCGACAGCGCUCAGGUGGCCAGCAGUGUGCUCGGCUGUGAGGGAGAGGAGCUGCACACGGCCGUCUUCAAACAUCACCUCCGACAGCUGCUGCAGAGAGCCACCGGGGGCAGCAGAGAGAGAGCUGCAGAGGCCGAGGAGGGUCCCAGGCUGACCGCUGCUCAGUGCGUUGAAGGAAUGGCGGCUGGACUCUAUGAAGAACUCUUCACUGCUGUAGUCUCACUUAUCAACAGGGCUCUGAGCACUCAGCAGCUGACGUUAGCCUCGGUGAUGGUGGUGGACACGCCGGGCCUGAGGAACCCGAGACACUCUGCGGAGGAGCGAGGAGCCAGCUGGUCCGAGCUGUGUCACAACUACCUGCAGGAGAGGCUGCUGGAGCAGUACCACACACACACCUUCAGACACACACUGGAGAGAUACGCACAGGAGAAGAUCCCGGUGGAGUUUGAGAAUCCAGAGAACAGCCCGGCUGAGGUUGUGUCUGCGAUCGACCAGCCGCCUCCACAGGUCCGGGCGGCAGAUGGAGACCCCAGAGGUCUGUUAUGGGUUCUGGAUGAGGAGAUGGUGACACCAGCCUCCAGUGAGAACAGCGCCGUGGAGAGAGUCUGCCAGUAUUACAGCAACACUGUGCGUCAGUGCGAGCAGCCGCUGCAGUGCGAGGUGAACCACCUGAUGGGCUGUGACCCUGUCCGCUACGACCUCACUGGGUGGUUCGGUCUGAUCCAGAACAACCUGUCGUCUCUCAACGCCAUCUGUCUGCUCCAGAACUCCACCAUAGGGGUAGUGAAGGCCAUGUUUACCCCCAGAAUCUCUCUGCCCCCUCUGUGUCGAGGUCUGGGGGGUCUGGAGGGCAGCAGCCAGCGCUGUCUGCAGAGGAACGGCACCAUCAGGAAAACAUUCAGCGGAGGGAUGGCAGCCAUACGCAGACACUCCCAAUGUAUCGCAGUCAAACUACAGGCAGAUGCUCUGGUGAACCUGCUCCGUCGAGCCAGGCCGGUGUUCCUGCAGUGUGUGAUUGCAAAGACUGACGGUGGAAGUUUUGACGUCCCGGCACUCAGAGUCCAGCUGCACUCAACACAGAUCCUGUCGGCCCUGCAGCUCCACCGCACAGGUUAUCCAGAACACAUGACUUUGAGUGACUUCAGGUGUUACUUCCAGGCAUUGUCUCCUCCGAUUAUGAAACGUUACGCUUCAAUGUUUGUCAGCCACGAUGAGAGAAAGGCGGUGGAGGAGCUGCUGGUUGAGCUGGAUCUGGAUAAAAAGAGCAUCGUCGUGGGCGCCGGCCGGGUGUUCAUGAAACGAGGAGUGCUGCGCUACCUGGAGCAGCAAAGAGACCAGCAGGUCACCGGCUGGUUGGUGCAUCUACAGGCCUCCUGCAUGGGACACCUGGCCCGUCAGAAAUACCGUAAACUGAAGGUGCAGCAGAUGGCGGUCACCUGUCUGCAGAGGAACCUGAGGGCUCUGAGAAUCGUGGCCAAGUGGAGCUGGUGGAAACUUUUCUGUCGAGUGCGACCUCUGCUCGACGUAAACAUGGACAACGAAAGGCUGCGGGCUAAAGAGGACGAGAUAUCGGCUCUGAGACGACGCCUGGAGAAAUCAGAGAAGGAGAGGAAUGAGCUGAGGCAGACUGCAGACAGCCUGGAGACCAAGGUUAUGGCGGUGACAUCUGAGCUAAGUGAUGAGCGUUUCCGUGGCGAUGCGGUGGGUCAGGCUCUUGAUGUAGAGAGGGCAGAGAGACUCCGGCUCAGCAGGGACAACAAAGACCUGCAGGCUCGUCUAGACCAGUGUAAGGUCACCAUGGAAACGCUGGAGAAGCAGCUGGAGGAGGAGAAACAGAGAGUCCAGAUCGCUGAGAGCCAGAGAGGAGCGGGGACAGGAGAGCCAGUCAGAGGUGGGCCGUCUGCAGAAGCAGAAGGAGGAGUUGUGCGCUCAGAUCCGUGACCUCAGCCUGCCGGUUGAUCUCGCCUCCGAUUCGCUACCUGACCUCAAGAAGCAGCUUCGCCUCCUGGAGAGCCAGGCCAGCGAGAGAGCCGAGGAAAUCACCACACUCACUGCCAAAAUACAGCAGCAGCAACAGGUCCACAUGCGCUUUGAGAUGGAGAUGGAGAGGAUGAAGCAGAUCCAUCAGAAGGAAUUGGAGGAUAAGGAAGAGGAGUUAGAGGAUGUACACAAGCACUCUCAGAGGCGGCUGAGGCAGCUGGAGAUGCAGUUGGAGCAGGAGUACGAAGAGAAACAGAUGGUGAUUCAUGAGAAGCACGACUUGGAAGGACUCAUAGCAACUCUGUGUGACCAGGUGGGGCACAGAGACUUCGAUGUGGAGAAGAAGCUGAGGAGAGACCUGAAGAGGACUCAUGCGCUGCUGGCUGACGCCCAGCUGCUCCUCUCCACCGUCGACAACCCGGGGCAGAACCUGCCCAACGGCAGCAGGGAGCAGAUAGAGCGUCUGCACUGCCAGCUGGAGGAGAGCGAAGCGAGGCGGCUGGAGGCCGAGAGCAUUCAGACAACUCUGUCCCAGGAGCUAGAGAACACUCAGAUCGAACUGGAAAAUAUCUGCAAACUGAAGAGUAUGGUGGACGAGCAGUUGGCUCUGCUGCAGCAUGAGAAGGUGGACCUGCUGAAGAGACUUGAGGAGGACCAGGAAGACCUGAAUGAACUGAUGAAGAAGCACAAAGCGCUCAUCGCUCAGUCCUCCAGUGAUAUUUCUCAGAUCAGAGAGCUUCAGGCCGAACUGGAGGAGGUGAAGAAGCAGCGGCACUCUCUCCACGAGGAGCUGCAGCAGUGUGUGUCGAGGGUGCAGUUCCUGGAGUCGUCCACUGUGGGGCGCAGCAUCGUCAGUAAACAGGAGGCACGUGUAUGUGACCUGGAGAAUAAACUGGAGUUUCAGAGAGGCCAAGUGAAGAGGUUUGAGGUGCUGGUGCUGCGUUUGAGGGACAGCGUGGUCCGUCUGGGAGAGGAGCUGGAGCAGAGUGCCCAGACCGAAGCUCGGGAGAGAGAGAACGCCCGAUACUACCAGCAGCGCCUGCAGGACAUGAGGCUGGAGAUGGAGGAGCUGAUUCAGAGAGAGCAGGACAGCGGCCGCAGACGCAUGGAGCUGGAAAUGCAGGUGGAGGAGCUGAGCGCCGUCAGACAGACGUUACAGGCCGACCUGGAGACGUCCAUCCGCCGCAUCGUUGACCUGCAGGCCGCCCUGGAGGAGGUGGAGUCGAGCGAUGAGAGCGACACAGAAAGCGUUCAGACGGCUGUGGAGUCCCUGACUCGAAAGAAAGACCUGUAAGAACCUCUCGAGUGUGCGAGUUGGUAAAGUGUGUGUGACCUGAACAUCAGAUCGACGUAUAUAAAGAUGGACUACGUGACAGCUAUCUAAAAGUGAAGCCAAAACAUCUCUUUCUC